AUGGAGGCGCAAACUUUUUUUAGGAUUUUGCCUCUGCGAAAACGCGUCGCGUUCGCGCUCGUGCGAACUAAGCUCAACUCGGAUACCUUGAAAGAAGGCGUGACCUUCAUGUUGGAGAAAUCCAAAGCCAAACCUAGAAAGUUUGUCGAAACCGUCGAGCUUCAAAUCGGUUUGAAGAACUACGAUCCGCAAAAAGAUAAGCGUUUCAACGGUACCGUCGUUUUACCGGCGAUGCCGAGACCGAAGCUCAAGAUUUGCAUGCUUGGCGACGCCAAGCACUGCGAAGAAGCCGCGGGUAUCGGAAUCGACAAAAUGGACGUCGAAGCGUUGAAGAAGUUUAACAAGAACAAGAAAUUGAUCAAGAAAAUGGCCAAGAAAUACGCUGUUUUCGUCGCUUCUGAAUCCGUCAUUAAACAAAUUCCAAGGCUUUUGGGUCCGGGUUUGAACAAGGCGGGCAAGUUUCCGACGUUGUGCACGCACAGCGAGUCCUUGGAAGCGAAAGUAACCGACAUCAAGUCGCAAGUCAAGUUUCAGCUCAAGAAAGUGUUGUGCUUGGCCGUUGCCGUCGGUAACGUCGAAAUGACGGAGAAGGAAUUGUUCAUCAACACGCAAAUGGCGGUGAACUUUUUGGUUUCUUUGUUGAAGAAGAACUGGCAAAACGUCAAGUCCUUGUACAUCAAGACUACGAUGGGCCCGCCGUUCCGUAUCUUCUAA